UAUAUAUAUUGUGUGUCUGAUUGACUGACUGUCACUCCGGCACUCAUUGAACUGAUUCGCGCGCGCCGUCCGGUUGUCUGUCCGACGACUACUACUACUUUGAUUAUCUGUUUUUUUCUACCGACUGACUGGUCAGACCGAUCACCGAACACAGUCCCGGACACAUAACACAUACCUUUUCCCUCCCAUCCAACCGAUUCAAGUGAGUGACUAGAUUUGGUACACACCGGAGGGCAACACGUGCUCACCAAUUGUCGAUACAAAUGGCGGACAGAUAUUCAUAUAACGACAAUCAGGCCAACAGGAAUCGUGGAUACGGCUCUUCAGGCGGCGGUAACCGAAGUUAUGGCAACAAUGACUCGUACGGACAUAUGGGUGGCGGYGGUGGUGGACCCCGCGAACCACGUGAACCGCCCUAUACGGCGUUCAUCGGCAAUCUGCCCAACAAAGUAAUUCAGGGAGACAUCGAUGAAAUGUUCAAGAAUCUCAAAAUAAGAAACGUUCGCUUAAUUCGUGAUAAAGACACGGAUCAGUUCAAAGGCUAUUGUUAUGUCGAGUUCGAAGAUGAAGACUCGCUGAGAACAGCUCUCGAGUUUGACGGAGCGGAUUUCAGUGGCAAUAUUUUGAGAGUAAAUAUUGCCGAAAACAGACGAAAGGAUAACAGAGGUUUCCAAGGAGGUAGUCGUGGAGGUAGAGGAGGUUUUAGUGAUCGGGGAGGUAUUCAACGAGGAGAUAAUAGAGGUGGCCAGAGCCGUACUUUCAACAAUAAUCGUGGGUUUUCCAAUGACCGACCGCCCAACCGGUACAGUGGCGGUGAUCGGAGGGGCGGUAACGGCGGCGGUUCGUUUAACGAUAGAAAUAACGAACGAUACGGCGAUCGCAACGAUCGCUACGAUAAUAGAGGCAGCGAUCGUGGCGGUAGUUUCGAUAGAGGCGGCGACAGAGGCGGAUACGGUCGCGAUAAUAGACAACGAGGCAGAGACUUUGGCAACUUUGGUAGAGGAGGAGGAGCCGGUGGUGGCGGCGGCGGCGGACGUGAUCGGGACAGAGAAAGGCGGCCAAAUGCCAACAAUUUUGAAGUGUUCAAAGAACCUGAUCCCGAAGAAUUAGCUAAUCGACCGCGACUUAAACUACUGCCGCGCAGUAUUGAUCGGCCGAUCAACGAUUUGGCCGAAACCAAAGCUCGUGAUUCGAUCUUUGGCGGCGCCAAACCCAGGGAUGAAAAAGAAUUCGAAGAAAGACGUCGAAAGGAAUCGGAGAGCAAGGAUUCGGUCACUGAUGGAGAACAAUAAACAGUAUAUUAAAACAAAACUUCGAUUGUAUUUAACAAACAAAAUAAUAUCGGUUUUUGUUUGUUUUUUCGACGACCUGUCAAUUGUCUUCAAAACUACUAUUAUUGGGUUCAAUAAUUUAUACCGUAAUAUAAAAUAUAAUAAUAAGGUUUACAUAUCUGUUUG